AUGCUGACCAACACUGCCAGCGCUUUUUUUUGGAAAGAGACCGUAACGGACGUUAAGCCUAGCACGUACAUUGUGCAGGUCAUGACCUUCGGAGCCUGCUGCUCACCAAGCACGGCACAGCUCGUACAAAAUCUGCACGCAAGUAAGUUCCAACAGGACCACCUGGCCGCUGUUGAAGCAAUCGUCAAGCGACACUAUGCCGACGAUACGCUUCUAAGUGUGGAACAUGAGGAAGAAGCUAUCGCACUGAAAAAAGACGUGAGAAAAAUACAUGCGUUGGCUGGAUUUGAAAUUAGGAACUGGACAUCUAAUUAUCCCGAAGUACUUGAGCAGCUGAACAAACCUUCAACAGCAGAGAAAAACUUCUGCAACGACAACUCGGCAGAAAAGAUCCUUGGAAGUGGUGGAACACGUCUUCAGACCACUUCACAUUCAAAAUAUCCACUCGAUUGGACGAGGUUCUUCUAUCGGGAAGCCGUCAGCCCACAAAGCGAGAAGCAGUUCGUUGCAUUCCGGGUCAGCGAGAUCCUGGAAUCAUCAGAUAUUCGGGAAUGGCUAUGGCACUGGAUUCCAAGCAAGCAGAACGUGGCGGAUGAGGGAACGAAGUGGAGCCCAAAUACUGAUCUAUCAGUUUCAGUUCGCUGGUUCAACGGUCCAGAAUUUUUAUGGAAGUUUGCUGAAUAUUGGCCUGCAGCGAAACAUCGCAUCGGAAACACUACCGAAGAACUUCGUCCACAUCUGUUGCUGCAUGUGAAGCUAAAUACAAGCAUAAUCGAUGCUCAUCGCUUCUCGAAUUGGCGGAAAUUACUUCGCUCUACCGCAUACGUUUUUCGCUACGUGCGCAACCUGAAUUUCUCCAUAGGAAAGAAGAAUCGCAUCACUGGUCCACUGCAGUGUCGGGAGCUGAGUAAUGCCGAGAACCUCUUGCACCGCGAAGCCCAGAAGGCUGCCUUUGCCGAUGAAAUUGCCAUUCUUUCCAAGGACCAGAACUCUGAGAACCCAUUCAAGUGUAUUCCAAGAAGUAGUCCGCUUUUUCGUCAAUGCAUCUUUCUGGAUGAAGCAAACGUCAUCAGAGUUCAAGGUAGAACGCAAGCCUGCAAAUACAUCACCAGCGAUGCAGCUCGACCAAUCGUCCUCCCUCGAACGCACCCAAUUACUAAACUUAUUCUCCUCGACUUCCACAAACGGUUCAACCACCAGAACCAUCAAACAACAAUUAACGAAGUGCGUCAACGCUACCAAAUCUCGAAACUCAAGGCAGCCUUUAGAGAAGUCUGUAAGGAUUGCCAAAAGUGUAAAAACGACCAAGCCUCUCCUCGACCUCCGAUGAUGAGUGACCUCCCUCCGCAACGCCUCGCCGCACACGCACGCCCCUUUACCUUUAUGGGUAUUGACUACUUUGGUCCUAUGACGGUCACUGUAGGAAGACACUCCGAAAAACGAUGGGGAGUUUUGGCAACUUGCCUCACAAUACGCGCCAUUCACCUAGAGCUAGCCCACACACUGACAACUGAUUCAUGCAUCCUAGCAAUACGAAACAUCAUGGCUCGCAGAGGAAUUCCUGCAGUUAUCUUCAGCGACCGUGGCACCAACUUUCAGGGUGCAAGUAAAGAGCUACGAGAAGCUAUGCAGAAUAUCGACCAGGAACAGCUCAUGAAUGAAUUCACCACAUCCAAUACCGAGUGGAGCUUCAUACCACCUGCCUCCCCGCACAUGGGCGGAGCUUGGGAACGUCUGAUUCGCAGCGUGAAGGUCAACUUGUCUAAGCUUAAGUGGGGUAGGCUUCCCACUGACGAGGUGCUCAAUAGCACUCUUUUGGAAAUCGAAAACAUAAUCAAUUCGAGACCACUGACUGAAAUUCCCACCGACGGCGAUGAAUCACUGGUGUUGACACCCAACCAUUUUCUACUUGGGUCAUCAAAUGGCCUUAAAUCAUGGGUGCCAUACAACGACACUCCUUCUGUACUCCGAAACAGCUACAGGCAAUCUCAAGUGAUGGCUAACGAAUUCUGGCAAAGCUGGCUGAGGGAUUACUUGCCUGUCAUCACCCGACGCACAAAGUGGCUCACCAAGGAGAAACCAUUGCAAGUGGGCGACGUAGUCAUCAUCGUAGAUCCUAAGGCUCCUCGCAACAGCUGGCCAUUAGGACGUGUUAUAGCCAUCAAACCAGGCUCGAACGGUCAGGUGCGUAGUGCCACUGUGCAAACGAGUCACGGUAUCUACGAGCGCCCAGCCGUCAAGCUCGCUGUUCUCGACGUUGGCGUAAGGGAACAAUACGCCUCAGGGGAACCUUCUACGCAUUCGGGGGGGACUGUUAGUGCGCCCGUCGAUCAGCGAGCCCAUUGUGCACCGUACACUACCAAUGUUCCCAUCGUUGUGCUACCAGUAAAUGACAACGUCCGUCAUCUACGUCAAAGACGAGUAAAUAACAACGUCCGUGUCAUGCAUGAUGAUAAGGAGAAAACGAUUAUCUAA